GCCAGUAUAUUUCUUUAUGAUGAAGAUAGAUAUGUUUUUAUCUAUUUACAAAGAUGUUUACUUGGGCACGUUCUCUUGGAUAUUUUAUUUAAAGUGAUCUCUAAAUGAUUAGCUAUUUUCAAAGCAACAUGCUUUCUUAUUAUUCAAUAAAAAGAUUAAGAAAUUCAGAAGUAAGAGGGCAAACAUAGCUACCAAGAGGAAAAGACACCAUCCAUUCCAUCUCCUGGAAUUCCUGUUGGCCACCCCAUAGUGACAUGAGACAAUGCAAAACUAGGGUGAACUUACUCAGAAAGGCUUUCACUGAGAAUCCAUUUGAUUCUAGGUAACUAAAGACACAACACGGAAUGGAGCACUGGAAUUCCACUCUAGAAAGUGGUUUCAUAUUGAUGGGGAUUCUGAAUGACAGUGGGUCUCCCAAACUGCUGUGUGCUACAAUCACAGUCUUGUACAUGUUGGCCCUGACCAGCAACAUCCUGCUGCUCCUGGUCAUCACAAUGGAUGCCCGGCUCCAUGUGCCCAUGUACCUCCUGCUCGGGCAGCUCUCACUCAUGGACCUCCUCUUCACGUCUGUUGUCACUCCCAAGGCCAUCGUGGAUUUUCUGCGCUGUGCAAAUACUAUCUCCUUUGGAGGCUGUGCCCUUCAGCUGUUUCUGGCACUGAUGCUUGGUAGUGCAGAGGAUCUCCUACUGGCCUUCAUGGCCUAUGACAGGUAUGUGGCCAUUUGCUAUCCUCUGAACUACAUGGUCCUCAUGAGCCCCAGGGUCUGCUGGCUGAUGGUCACCACAUCCUGGAUCCUGGCAUUCCUGUGUGCUCUAGGACAUACCAUGUACACUAUGCACUUCCCUUUCUGCAAAUCCCGGAAGAUCAGUCACCUGCUGUGUGAGAUCCCACCUCUGCUGAAGUUGGCCUGUGCAGAUGCCUCUAGAUAUGAGCUCAUGGUGUAUGUGACAGGUGUGACUUUCCUCUUGCUCCCUCUUUCUGUCAUUGUUGCCUCUUAUUCACUAAUCCUACUUACUGUGCUCCACAUUCCCUCAAAUGAGGGGCGGCAGAAAGCCCUCGUCACCUGCUCUUCCCACCUGACUGUGGUUGGGAUGUUCUAUGGAGCUGCCACAUUCAUGUAUGUCCUGCCCAGUUCCCUCCACAGCCCCAAGCAGGACAACAUCAUCUCUGUUUUCUACACGAUUGUUACCCCAGCCCUGAACCCCCUCAUCUAUAGCCUCAGGAAUAAGGAGGUCAUGGGAGCCUUGAUAAGGGUCUUGGGGAAAUACAUGCUACUGACACACUCCUGACAAAUUACCAAGUAGACAUGGUAGGGGUCUAAGAUUCAAUUUUAAUAUCAUGCAGCAGUGAGAAACAGUAAUACUUUUAGGAUGACCAAACUCCAAUAGGCUCUAAACAUCAGAGAAGGACAACUCUCCCUUGAACUGGAUUCUUAGACAAUAGGGAGAAUUAUCCUUAGAAGAUAUGUUGGGCUUCUUGCUUAUUAGGCAGAUGGCUGUUCCAGCAAUUAGUUGGAAAGAAUAAUAGAUUUAUGACUGCAUUUAUACUCCAGAUUAAGGAGCAGUUUGGAUUGAGUAUAUAAAUAAAUACAAUACCUAAGUUGAUGCAGUGGAGGAGGCUAACCAGGGUGUUUUUAUACUGCCUGAAAUCAAAUUUAAAAUCAAAAUAGAGAAAUGAACAAAAGAGAAGGUAAAGUAUCCAAAUUUGAAGUGAUGAUUGAGAUGCAAUAAUAGUGAGAGACAUAUGUUAUGUGUAUUGCUUGAAGUCUUUAAAAAUGUGACCUUACAUGUAUACAAACAUACUUUGAAAUAUCAAAACAAUAGCAAGGAGCUCAUAUUCUUGAAGUGAGAAUAUGUGUAUGUCACUGUUCAUGUGAAAGGAGGGAUAAAAUAUAUAAUUCACUUUCUAGCUAGCUUAAAUGUACUUUCUUUAUUAUUUGAUUUAUUUGUGCGGGAAGAUUUAUUACAAAAACUGGAAACUUAAUCUGUUCUGUUAAGAAGCUCCAUAAUACCCUGGCUCACAUAGUUGGAAUUGAGGUUGAGGAUGGUGCUUUGUGAAAAGUCAGAGUACUUUCUUUUCUUGACAGAAGCAAUCUUAAAUUGAAUAAUCUACAAAGUUAAGCCAUAAUAUAUAAUCUACAGCUAAUCUAUAAAAGUAACCCAGGUUAAUUAUGAAAACUGAGAAAAUUAAAAAAUUUAGAAAGAAGCAAAAAUCACCCAGAAAGUUUUCCUCUCAUUUUUUUGUUUUCCACGUAUGUAUUUUACUGAAUUGUUAUGUACCUUGAUAAAAGUCCUGCUUUUUUGUCAUUUGAAAUUUGGUGAACCUUCUUCCUUGUUAAGAGGGGACAUUAUAGUUUAGGGGUAGGGAGUGAGUGGCAGGAAGGGAGGGGGCCAGAGUGUGUGAGUGUGAAUCUCUGCUCCCCCUAUAUCAUCUGUGCAUCUUUGGACACCAAAUUAAACUCUUUGCACCUCAGUUUUCUCAUUUAAAAGUGAUGAUAAUAAUAGCACUUAUGAUGUUUUGAGGAGGAUUGAAUAAGAAAAUAAAUUUCAAGUACUCAGACCAGAGUCUGGCAAAUGGUGCAUAAAACAUGCUGCCUAUCACACAACAGGUGGCAGUAUGAGAGCCCCACCCACCCCUGCACCAUGGCCUCAUGCCACAGCUAGCAGGGUGAGAGCCCCACCCACCUCCACACCAUGGCCUCAUGCUGCAGCUGGGCUAGAUGAGAACCCCAUCCAUUCCAAUGCCACAGAUGUGGCUCCACCACAGCAGUCAGGAGUCUGUAGCCCACACAGAGACACCCCUUGAAUAUCUAGCUCUGGUGGCCAGGAGGGAUAGCACUUUUGGGCCCCAUGUGUCAUCUCCUACACAAGGCCACUCCUUCAAGACUGGGAGAUAUAAUAUUUGAUUUGCCUAAUAUGUAGAAACAAAGAGUCAGGAUAAAUGAGGAAAUAGAAGAAUAUGUUCCAAACAAAAGAACAAGAGAAAAUAGAAUAACAUUUGCAUUACAGGAGUCCCAGAUGGGGAAGAGAGAGAAAAAGGCCCAGAAUACUUAUUUGAAGAAAUAAUGGCUGAAAACUUCCCUAAUCUGGGGAAAUAAACAGACAUCCAGGUCCAGGAAGCCCAGAGGGUGCCAAAUAAAAUGAACCUAAAGAGGCCCACACCAAGACACAUUAUAAUUAAAACAGUAAAAGUUAAAGAGAAAGAUAGAAUCCUA